UACUCUAGUAUUUGCAGUGGAUUUUGAUUGGACGCUGCACUCAGCUUCUACAAAUAGAUGCGGUUACAUAAUCUCGUUCCAUCCCGCUUAUUUAGCCGCGGUGCUGCAUCACUUCAUCCUCGAUGUCCAGGCUGGGCAAGUGCAAUUGUUUUAGGUUUACCCAAGUUGCCCUUAUUCUCUGGGUCUCCAGUGAAUUGAGACUCUCUAUUUACCAUGGCAUCUGCAGAAUUUUUGGCUGCCAAUGACGGGAGCAAGACUGGGAAUGAGGGUGAGGCGAGUACCAUCUCGAGCCCCAGCCUUGUCUUGAUUGACGAAAAUAGAUGGGCAGAGCAACUUAGGCAACAGUAUUUGCGUCCUUCUAUGACAGCAUCAAAGUCUUACUGAGUAUUCUAGGAAAUGCAUGCAGAAUUUAGAGGCGAAACUAACUAGUCGGGUGGAAAAGUUCCUUGAACUUGCUUCACCACCGGAGCAGACGGCGCUGAAAGAAUCGCAGGACCAGCUACGGACUCUCAUGGAAGCAGCUAAGAAAGAAGAUCAACUCAAGAAUCCAGAUUACGGUACUACUCCGAUGCCAACGAGUCAACGCUUCAAGGAGCAUUAUAAUUCUUUCGUACAGAGCGGUUACGGUUUGUCAAAACACAUCGACCUUUUCGUUGGUCAAGCGCCAGAAUAUGUAUCGCUGGUAUGGGGAGCCAUCAAGAUAUUGAUGAUUGCACAGAUCAACAACCAAGAACUCAAGGAAAAUGUACAUUCUCACCUUAAAAAUAUCGCCAGAAUAUUCGAACUCGUGGACCAGCUUCCAGAUCUCAUACCCCAAAAGAAUUUGGUGGAAGCAGUGUCUGAAGCAUAUGGACUUUUUUCGAAGUUCUUAGCAAAGGCUGUCAAGUACCAUUCCGAGUGCCGCGCUCGUAAGUCUGCUUUUUUCGUUCGAAAUGGAACCAUUAAGGGCUUAUAUCUAGAUGCCCGACUAUGAGCAUCAAACGUCUGACUUAGAGCAUCGUUUCCAAGGAGAUAUAUCAAAGCAUUAGCAAGUUCUUGGAAAAUCAGGUCCCAAGAUAUUGUCGACGAAAUUGAUAGCGCUAUCGUUUACAUCAAUGAAAUUACCCAGGCUCGAAGUUACAUAACCGCAGAGACCAACCUUGCGAUAUCUGGUCAAAUACUUCAGGCCAAUGAGAAGAUGUGGGAUGUCAUCAAAAACUUACCUGAAGCCAUUCUAAAUCUAGGAGCCGAGCUAAAAGCAGUUCAAUUUGAGAAGUCAAUUGAUGUUUAUCAAACGACAAGCAUGAUGCAGCAACGACUAGAGGAACGUUUCUCAAAUCCCAACACAGCGUCAGCACCAGCAGAGCCUGUGGACGAUGAAAAAAUCAGUAAGUUCUAAAUAUAACUGAUCGAAAUUUAUCUCAUACAACCUAGGCCCAUUGGGUGGCGAUAUUUUGGAUAUCUUUACCGACUUGCGAGAUUUCGAGGCCGAAAAAGAGCAGGCUGAAGAGACAAAGUUCGUCCCAGAGACCACAGAACAGAGGACCAAAAGACGCAACAUGCUUCAAUCCGAUGAGAUCAUUACAUGGAUUGAGUCUGAAAGAUCACAGUUGUUGUGGAUAGAUGGAAGCUACUUGCUGAGCCGUUCAUACCACUUAGCUUCCUUCAUUACGCCACUUACAAUUGAUGCAGCUUGCAACUAUGAAUUAAUCACGAUUCUGAAGCAUUUCUGUAGCAGCAGUCAUUCGACUCGUAAUUCGUGCCUGGCUCUUCUGCAAGCGCUCGUCUCCCAGAUCAUUAAACAGCAUCCUGAAGUCGCCGAGGGAGACGAUGCAAAGAUCUCCCGAUCAAAACUCCCGCAAGCCGCAAAAGAUUUUACCAAACUGUGGGAACUUCUCAAGGAUUGUCUCACAGUCAAGUCCCACCAUGAUUUGCACCGAGUCUACAUCAUCAUUGAAAGUAUUGAUGAAUUGCAAUCCGUCAAUAUGGACAAUUAUAAUAUCCUAAUGCUUCGACUUCAUGAUCUGAUUCGUCAGGACGGCUUGCUCGUGAAGAUACUGCUCAGUUCUCGCGUCCUUCCGGGGGCCCCAGUAGCUUCAGAUAUCAGUAAUUCGCUCUCCGUCCCACACCGCAAGUGGGCAUUGUUACCUUUCGAGGAAAAUAUGCCAAUGCUGCAAAGAAAGUUCUCAGAGAUACAGGAAGGGCGAUGUAAAUCAAUCACGUUUCCCCAGCUGGUGUUAAUCUAUCCUCCGAAGACCCUCAUUUAUACCAAAGUGGGUGAUGCUUUCCAAGCAUAUGUCAUCUUUGAGAUUAGUGGCGCAACGGAAACGAUGCCUGGGAGAUUCGAUCCCCUCCAUUUGCGAGUUUGGUCGGUCGAUCACAAUGGCACCUAUUUUACCAAAAGAUAUCUUGAUUUGGAUAUCACCCAAUUUUCCGGAAGCAGAGAAUUGAAAGAUCUACGGUAUAUCCCAGCCGGCUACUUGCCUGACGAAUCACGGGUCAGGAACAUGCUAGUUGAGAGAGGCCGACGGUACUGGGAAUUGGCUGAGGAGCCACAAUAUUGUUAUUCAUCGGAAAGAGUAAGCCGUAAAACUUUCUCAAGUUUUACUUCUCUAACAAAGAAUCUGUUAGGAUUUCAGCCACGUUAUGGUUGACCAGGGAUACCAGACAUUGCAUGAAGUCUCUCAGCAGGAAUUAGAUGACCAAUUUCAGAAAACACAAGCCGGUGAUCUGAAAGCCAUGAUCUCUAUCUUGUGCCCUCAUAUUAUCCGCGCCUAUGAACUCAACAGCCUGAAGUGGAGUGAGUUAGCCAACUCUAUCCUUUCUUUCGUAUUCCUUCCCGCUAAUAUUAUUCAAGUCGAGGCCGAGAUUGGCAAGCUCAGUGAAGCUGGUCCAUACAAAAACAUGCAUCGAAUAAAAAUGAAACACGAGGGAGUCCUCUGGGCAAACAUGGCAACAUACAUCAGCCAAUUCCAUGGACGAAAGUCCAGCACGUCUUAUCAAGCUGAUUUUGUCAUAGGAAAAAGAAUGGGGCUCAUCAUGCUCCUCCACGGGCAGUCCAUUGAUUUGGAACAAAGUGGCGUUGUAGGCAAGUACUUCGUCUCUUGGCCUUUAGAUACUGUGUUGAUCUAUUAUUAUAGAGAAUGCCUGCUCCAAAUUUGGACUUCCACUCCUUGUCAUUACUAUGGGAACGCUCGUUAAUUCAGCUGACAUGGACACCCAAUUACAAGAGUAUAUGGAACUCGCUCUUCGCUGGGGAGAAGUCUUGUAUUUCGAAAAUAUCGACCGGCUUUCUGAAAUGGGUUCUGGGCCUAUUACUGGCUCAAUUAACGUCGAAGUCACCUUCUAUCACCGACUAAGAUCGUUCCAAGGAAUCGCUGCUUUGAGUGUCAGCAAAGAUCCUGUCAAAUUCUCGUUGGAUCCUCUCAAAUUCUCCAACGAAUUUAAGAAGUUCAUUCCAGUGUUUCGUGUGGCCUUCAAGGUAGUUCCUCCGAACGAUAACAAUCUGUGGGUUAUCUGGGAAGAAUGUUCAGACCAAAUGUGAGUGCAUUUCGCUCCCAUAUUAAUAGGACAUAGCAAGCUAAGACAGAGAAGAGCCUAUAAUGGUGAUCGGACGGAAUUCAGGGAGUGGAUAGAAGAAUAUGGUAGCGAAGGCAGUACAGUCCUCGAUACUCGCGUGGGAAUCAUGAAUAUUUGCCACAAUGUCUCUGCACAAGCGGGAGAAGACAGGUAUAAGCUUGAGCCAAGAAACUUCAUUAAUGCUAUGAAAGAAGCAAAGCAUUUUUGGGCCGUAAAUACCAGUAGCAAGAGAUCGCCUCCAUCGGGCAAAUAAGUGUGGUUUUCAAGCUGUUCCCGUUCUGGGUUGAUGUUUGUUCGUAGCGACAAUAAUACUUUUGCUCAAUUCCUGUCGCUAGUUACAUAACUGUAACUGUUGUGUAAUGUGCAGAAAGUAGAGUCUAGAGUGACUU